AUGGCGACUCAUCCAUCCUACGAAGCUGAAUUGAAUUUUGCUGUCAAGCUUGCCAUGAAGGCUGGAGAGAUUAUCCUUCGAGCCUCAAAGGAUCGAGCCGGCGGAAGGGGCGGGACGAUCAAUGACAAGAAGAACCGGAUCGAUCUGGUGACGGAGACAGACCAAAUGGUCGAAAAGAUGGUCUCCGAAUCACUUCGAGAGAAAUUCCCUGAUCAUCAGUUUAUCGGAGAAGAAACCUUUGCUGUGGAUGCUAAGGCGGAAUUGACGAAUGCGCCGACGUGGAUUUGUGAUCCCGUGGAUGGCACAACAAACUUCGUUCACGGUUUCCCAUCAGUAUGUAUCAGUAUUGGCUGGGUUGUCAACAAGAUUCCCACCUUAGGCGUGAUCUAUAACCCAUUCUUGUCACAACUUUACACAGCCGUCAAGGGACACGGGGCCUUCUUCAAUCAGAAGACGCGUCUCCCGUUAUCUUACCCGGACUACCUGCCACUCGAGAAACUUUCAGACGCUCUAGUCGGGGUAGAGUGGGGUUCUGAUCGCAGUAAAGCCACUCUGGAGAAGAAGACAAACACCUUCGUCAAGCUGGCUGGGGAUCCGAAAGAUGUACCCGGUGGGGUGAUGUGCCACUCUUUGAGAUCUAUGGGGUCCGCUGCUCUCAACUACGCAUCAGUGGCUUCAGGAAGCUUAGACUUAUAUUGGGAGAUUGGAUGUUGGGCUUGGGACGUUUGCGCUGGAACGGUGAUUGCGCUUGAAGCGGGCGGUAAAUGUUAUGGGAAAGGUGGGAAACCAUUUGACGCCGAUGGUUCCGGCCAAGACUUGAUGGGCCACCAUUUCUUUGUGAUCAGAGGGAUUGCAGAUCAAGACGGCGUGACGGGAUCGGAGAUCCAAGACCGACUCGCCAAGCAGUUCUUUGAUGACAUUGCAGAGGAAUGGGAGGCUUGAAUGAUAUAUCUCUCCUUCGUUAGAGGAACAUCCAGUUUUCUCUGUAUUGACUUAACAAAAAUCGUCCGCGGUGUCAUUGGACAUAUUGACGCUUGUAGAAU